CCGGUCCGGGGAAAAACCCUUAAACCCCAUUCUCUCUUCUCUCACGAACUCUUGCACCAUGGCCGAUCCAACUCAGUGGGUGAAGCAUGUCGAGUUGUAUGUUAACUCGUCCAGCACCGCUGCUCAACAGGCAGCAAGUGUCGAUGCAAUUGCGAAUUUGCUAAAGAAUGAUCUGUUAACUCUAGAAGCACUUGUUAGAGAAAUGGAGAUGUACUUGACUACUACAGAUAGCACAAUCCGUUCACGAGGAAUUCUCCUCCUUGCGGAACUUUUGACACAACUAAAAUCAAAGCGUCUAAAUGAUGCUUCAAUAGAGAGCUUGAUAGGAUUCUUCACUGAAAGACUAGCAGAUUGGAAAGCAUUACGUGGUGCAAUUGUUGGUUGCUUGUCCUUAUUGAGGAGGAAAAGUCAUGUUGGUGUGGUAGCUGAUGAUAAAGUGAAGGCUGUUGUUCAAUCUUAUCUCCAAAACCUGCAGGUGCAGUCCUUGGGUCAGCAUGAUAGGAAGCUCUGCUUUCAUCUUAUGGAAUGCCUAUUAGAUCGCUACCCUGCUGCUGUUAGAGAUUUGGGUGAUAACCUUAUAUAUGGAAUCUGUGAAGCUAUUGAUGGGGAGAGGGAUCCUCAAUGCUUAAUGCUCUCAUUUCGUAUAGUACAAAUUCUGGCCGGAUUGUUUCCUGGCCCUUCUGGUCCGCUAGCAGAUUUUGCUGGGGACCUGUUUGGAAUUUUGGGCUGUUACUUCCCCAUACAUUUUACACACCCUAAGGAAGAGGAUGUUGAUGUGAAGAGAGGGGAACUCUCAAGGGCACUAAUGCUGACAUAUGCUUCUACACCUUUAUUUGCACCAUUUUCCAUUCCACUGCUUCUCGAAAAACUGUCUUCCUCCCUGCCUUUGACAAAGGUGGAGUCAUUUAAGUAUCUUAGCUAUUGCACAUCAAAAUAUGGAGUGGAGAGAAUGGCCGAACACUUCAAAACUCUUUGGUCUUCAGUAAAAGAUGCAACAUAUGUUUCACCAGAGACUAAUUUAUCCACAGAAGCUGGAUUUAUGAGUGAAAUGGGCUUUCAGGACAGUGAUAUUAUGAAGCAGGCCUUUGUACUUUUGCAAGAGCUUGUUCAACAAAGUAAUGGUUCCUUCAUAAGUUUGAUUUUGGAAGACGAGGAUAUAAAAAUAUUCAUGAAUUCCCUCAACCAGUAUGAAGAUUUUGACAAUAUUCCUAUUGACAUCAGACAGAGAUUACAUGCCGUUGGACGUAUUAUAUCUGUUUGUAUUAACACCUCUAUUGCCUCCUGCAAUAAGGUCUUCGAGAGUUUCUUUCCGCUCCUCAUGACUUAUUUGGGGCUUUCAGUUGCAAAACCACACGAGAAUAGCUGUCUAGCUGAGGAUUACAAUCCUCCUGGCAGACUUAAUUUUGGAGCCCUGUAUCUCUGCGUCGAAGUCCUUUCUGCAUGCCGAUAUUUGGUGGGCUCUGAUGAAUUAACCCCAAUUCCUGAUUUUGCUAAUCAGACAUGGGGUGUCAUGCUUCACAAUGUCUCUAAAUCAUUAGCCAUGGUCUUCAUCUCUCUCUUAAGGUCAAAUGUUGCUGAGAAUUCUCAGAAUGCUUAUGUAUGCUAUGGAGUGAAGGGUCUGCAAAAUCUGGCUACGUUUCCUGGGAGCCUUCUUGCAGUAUCCAAGUCCACAUAUGACAGUAUUUUGUUGAAGUUGAUGUCAGUUGUUACUUCUGAUAUAAAUAAAACAUUUCUGUGGACAUUGGCAAUGAACGCUCUGGUGGAGAUUGGUUCGUUUCUUGAUAAAUAUCCUAACAAUACCCCUUGGUCCCAAAUCCGACAUCCACGGCAGUCCACUCCAAGACGACCUUCGCUUUACCCGACUGGCCCCUUCUUUGGCUACUGUUGUUCAUGCCCUCGACUUCCUAAUUUCAUAGACACAGGAAAUAAACGUCAUCCAUAUGUGGAUGGUGGUGGGUAUGACCUAUACUAUCCUAACCUCAUAAAUCUGAAUUUAGGUUCAUCCAAAUCUCUGAAUGUGACAUUCUCAUGUCAGCUUUUCUGUAAGAGUCUAUUGCUUGAAGACCCUUCUCUACCUGCAACUGCUGGGGAGAUUCAACUUAUUCAGAAGCAUUUGUUUCAUGGACCCAGGUUUCAUAAAUCUGGAGGUUCCGAGGAAAUUCCACUAAACUUUGCACUUAGUAUUUGGGACAAGAUUGAAAAUAAUAGGUCUUUCAACCUGGAUUCCCUGGAAAAUGAACUUCUUGAUGCAACAAUGAUGGCAAUGAAGCAAGCUGUUGGAAGCUGCUCAGAAGGAAGCCAGGAGAAAAUUAUUAAUAAAGCUCUGGGGGUACUUUUGUCAAGCAAUUGUUUGCAGUGGAUGGAAUCAAUAUCUGGUAAUACUCCAUCAGAAGCGGAAGGGUUGCAGCAAAUUCACAAGUUGGACAGUUUUGCAAUAAGAGAUGAAUGGAUUACUUCGUUAUUUGCUUCUAUAGUAAUAGCCUUGCGUCCUCAAACAUAUAUCCAAAACGGAAAAUUUAUUUUGCAGUUUUUCAUAACAACUCUCCUCAAUGGACAUGUUCCUUCGGCUCAGGCGUUGGGUUCUUUGGUUAACAAACUGCCUCUGAAAAUCACUGGAACACCUUUGUCCAAAAAUUUGUGUCUGGAUGAAGCCGUGGAUAUGAUAUUUCAUAGUUGCAUAUGGACUUCCUAUAAUGGUAGCACCUAUGAAAGAGGUAGUAGUGAGAUUGACUUGAGCAGUUUAAGAUUAUGCUCCUUGAGCCCAGAGUCAGACAAGAUUCAUGCUACUAUUGGAUUAGCAUGGAUAGGAAAAGGAUUACUUAUGAGGGGUCACGAAAAGGUGAAAGAUAUAACGAUGACUUUGUUAAAUUGCAUGAUCUCGGAUGGGGACCGUGGGUCCCUGCCAAAUUCGAAGCAUCCAAGUUUAGUUUGUAAUGAUGAAGACUUGCAUCAUCAGCUGAUGAAAUCUGCUGCAGAUGCAUUUCAUAUUAUUAUGAGCGACUCUGAAUCGUGUUUGAAUAAAAGAUAUCAUGCAACUAUACGACCGCUCUAUAAGCAAAGAUUCUCCAACACCGUGAUGCCCAUUUUAUCUACUUUGAUGCUAAAAUAUGAUUCACCAUCUAUCAGAUCUAUGCUAUGUCGAGCCAUUGCAUAUGUGGUGUCUGAUACUCCCUUGACAGCUAUCUUGAGCGAAGCCAAGAAGCUGAUCCCUCUACUAUUAGAUUGCCUGUCCAUGAUGGUCGAGGAUAUUAUGAAUAAAGAAAUAAUCUACAGUGUCUUACUAGUCAUAUCUGGAAUAUUGGUGGACAAAAAUGGACAAGAUGCGGUUGCAGAAAAUGCACAUAGCAUUGUCAACCAGCUUAUUGAGCUUACAACCUACCCACACAUGAUGGUAAUUCGAGAGACAGCAGUACAGUGCCUUGCCGCAAUAUCUGAACUACCCUAUACAAGGAUAUAUCCCUUGAGAACACUGGUUUUGCGAGCUAUGUUAAAAGCACUUGAUGACCCAAAGUGGGUUGUUCGUCAAGAAGCUGUCAGAUGUCGUCAAGCUUGGGCCUCGAUUGCAUCAAGAAGUCUGCACUUCUAAAAAUAUCAGGAAGAAUUUUCCAGGCUGGGAUGCAAUUCAUCGUUAGAUAAGGGCUUGUGAUGAGACCUUGAAAGCAUGUAUGGAGCAGUGGUUCCACCAACUGUGCCCAUUUCUUAAUCCGUGUAUAUAUAAUGGCUCCCCCUCGAAGCAUGUUUUUAUUCUGAUUGAGAAGUUAUUGAAUAAUUCUGAGAGACGUUAAUUGUGUAAUUUAUUAACAAGGAAAAUUAUUUCUUCUUUGAAAGAGAGUUCAAUUUUAUUUAUUUA